AUGCCAAAAACAAGAUUGGCCCUCUCACAAAUCUAAAUCGACUUUGAGGUAAUAAAAUAGAUCGGAACUGGAAAUUUCACUAACAUAUAUAAGGUCUUGCAUAAAAAAUACCCUGAAAAUUACUAUGCUUUGAAAGUAUGUGACUCACAAAAAGUAUCAAACUUAAGAAAAGAAACAGAUAUACUUAUGGAAAAGCAUGCUUUGAAUAAGAUAUUGCUAGAUUGCAAAGAUAAAGGGAUCAAAGAUGAGGAUUUACCUUGUGUAAAAUUAAUUGGCACCUUUAAAGAUGGCAUAAAUUUAUACUUUUUGACUGAAGCUCUAAACAGUAAGGAUGAGCUCUGGGAAUACUGCAGAACUUUUGGAAUGUUCAAUGAUUCAAUCAUUAGAUAUACCUUUUACGAAAUUUGCAAAAGUGUUCAGCAGCUGCACUCUAUUGGGAUUAUACAUAGAGAUCUUAAACCUGAGAAUAUGUUCUAUACUAAUAACUAAAGCCAUGUAAAGCUGAUUGAUUUUGGGUCAGCUGAAGAUAUCUAAAAUUCUUAAAUAAGGGCAAUGAGGAUUGAUGACAAUCCGAAAAGACACCAGCAUUUGAACUUUGUUGGUACUCCAUAAUAUAUGUCGCCUGAAUGUAUUAGAAAUCAGGGAUCAUUCCUAGCAAGUGAUAUUUGGAGUUUAGGCUGCAUUCUAUACUAGUUCUAUCUUGGUUUACUUCCUUUCAGAGGUAAAAGUGAUUACUUGAUAUUUGUCUAAAGUACAGUAGCUAAGUAUAGGCUAGAAGAAUAUCCUGAUAUCUUAAUUCCUCAAGAAGCUAAAGACUUAAUUUAAAAGUUGCUAAUUGUUGAUCAUAAAUUGAGACCUAGCAUUGAAAACUUGCUGCAGAGUCCUUAUUUUGAUAUGGUUAGAAAUCUCAAAAAGAUGCCUGAACCCUCUUUAUUAGAUAAAUAGCUGAAAGAAAUAUGCUUGGAUUUUAUUACAAGAGGCAAUGUCUAUCAACUUGAAGGUAUUGAUAAAUUUGAUCAGCAUUUCGAGAGCAAUGUCAUUUAAAAGUUUAUUAAAGAGGAAUUAUGGAAUUUAUACUUGGAAUCAUAGGAUUAGAUUUAAUUAAGACUUGACCACAUUAGAAUGCUAGCUAAAAACUUCAUAUUCGAUACAGACCCAUAUCCUGAAGAUAAUGAGCUAGUAUAAAAGCUAAUGAGAAAUGAGUCACAGUACUAAGAUUAGUAGAGAUAGAUGGAGUAGAAUAAUCAAACAAAGGAAUAAAACUCUAGUGAGGAUGAACAAGAUCUUAUACUAGCUUCAGAAUAAUAUGUACAAUCAUCUGAAAGAGAAUAAAAGGAAAUUGAGGAAUGA